AUGAAGCUCUCCUCCUGCCUUGCCAGCCUUGUCAUGCUAUGCACCAACGUCGCAUACGUUUCAGCUGGUUGCUACACCCACGGAGAGAAAUGGGCCAACCAGGGUGAUGCAGUUUAUCACACUGGAAGAGCUUGUAGAGGCCAUGACGGCAACAAAGGAGCUUUCCAAGGAUGGUUCGCAUCCGGAGAGACAAAGAAUCUCUGUUAUCAGUACGGCGAUCAGAAAUGGGAAUUCCAGAUCACCAAUCUCAACGAAGGUGCCGGCUUUGACCUCAACGACGACGACUGUGCCAAUGGACUCGCCAGAGAAAUCAUCGGCUGUGAGAGUGGCGGGCAGUCUGAUAACGCCGGCUGGCGGUUUAGGUGA